GAGAGAGACAGAGAGAGAGAGAGAGAGAGAGAGAGAGAGAGAGAGAGAGAGAGAGAGAGAGAGAGGUGGGGUGGUUACAUAGCCGGGUCAGCGGGGAAAGUGAUUCCGACUCAGUCCUUCUCCGCUCCAUCCGUCUAAGCAAGCGACUGAUUUGACCAUGAAACUUUCGUUGGUGUUGUUCUCCGUCCUUAUCUGCACACUCUUUCCUCUGCGCGACUGCGACGAGCAGCAGCAAGUCCGAGAAGAUCAAAUUGUCGUUGUGACCGUCGCAACUAAGGAGACUGAUGGCUUCAAACGUUUCAUGAGAUCAGCAAAACAUUUUAAUUACACUGUCAAGGUUCUUGGUCGUGGUCAAAAAUGGAAAGGAGGUGACUACUUGUCCCCUGGGGGAGGUCAGAAAGUGCGAAUUCUUAAAGCUGCCCUCGAGUCAAUGAAGGACGAGAACAAAAUCAUUGUUUUUAUUGACAGCUAUGAUGUGAUUUUCGCAUCAGGCCCGAAAGAGCUGCUAAAGAAGUUUGUGCAGGCCAAACACAAGGUGGUGUUUUCCUCUGAGACCUUGAUCUGGCCCGACAGACACUUGGAGGACAAACAUCCACAUGUCCGGGAGGGCAACAGGUUCCUCGGCUCAGGAGGCUUUAUUGGCUACCUUCCAAACAUCAAAGAAAUGGUUGCUGAGUGGGCGGGAGACGACGGUGACAGUGAUCAGCUGUUUUUCACCAAGAUUUUUAUCAAUCCUGAGAAAAGAAAAUCCAUAAAUAUCACACUGGACAGCAAAUGCAGAUUGUUCCAGAACCUUCACGGAGCUCUUGACGAAGUGGUGCUAAAAUUUGAGGAUCGACGUGUCCGAGCCAGAAAUUUGCUCUAUGAUACGCUACCUGUCAUCAUCCACGGGAAUGGACCGACCAAGCUUCAGCUCAACUACCUUGGUAACUACAUACCGAACGUGUGGACAUUUGAGACGGGCUGCACAGUGUGCCAUGAUGAUCUACUCCCACUCAGGAACCUUAAGGAAAAUGAAUAUCCUUUGGUGGUGAUUGGUGUCUUCAUUCAGCAGCCCACUCCAUUUGUCACCGUGUUUUUUGAACGCCUCCUGAAGCUUCAGUAUCCCAAGAAUAGACUCAAGCUCUUCAUUUUCAACAAGGAACCCCAUCACGAGCGUGAGGUCAGCGCUUUUGUCCAGGACCACGGAAGCCUCUAUCUAGAUGUCAAAUUUGUUGGGCCCGAAGAGGAGAUAGAAGACACAGCUGCACGCACCAUGGCCUUCGAUAUGUGCAGGAAGCAGAAGGACUGUGACUAUUUCUUCAACUUGGACGUUGACGUUGCUUUGAAGAAUGAAAACACACUCAAAAUUCUCAUUGAACAAAACCUGCCGAUCGUAGCACCAUUGUUGACGCGAACUGGCCGACUUUGGAGCAACUUUUGGGGAGCCCUGAGCGCCGAUGGCUACUAUGCCAGGGCUGAGGACUACGUGGAUCUGGUCCAAGGACGCAGGGUGGGAAUUUGGAACGUUCCAUACAUAACCAGCGUGUACUUGAUGAAGGCCAGCCUCCUCCGCUCGGAGCUCUCAGACGAUGAUCUAUUUCAUUCAAAUUUCAUGGACCCUGACAUGGCCUUCUGCCAGCAUGUUCGAAAUAAGGGAGUCUUUAUGUAUGUAACCAACAUGGACACUUUUGGACGCAUCCUAUCAACCGAAAACUAUCAGACCAGUCAUCUGCAUAAUGAUCUGUGGCAGAUCUUUGAAAAUCCAGAGGACUGGCGGGAGCGCUAUAUUCAUGAGAACUACACUCACAUCAUGAAAGGAAAACCUGUUGAGACUCCUUGCCCAGAUGUAUACUGGUUUCCAGUUUUCACCGAUAUUGCUUGCAACCACCUGGUUGAAGAAAUGGAACACUUUGGGAAGUGGUCAGGAGGCGGUAAUGUGGACACUCGAAUCCAAGGCGGCUAUGAGAAUGUCCCCACCAUUGACAUCCACAUGAAUCAAGUCAACUUUGAUAAGGAAUGGCACCAGUUUUUACUGGAGUACAUUGCGCCGAUAACAGAGCAAAUGUAUCCUGGUUACCAUACCCAGUGCACUUCUCCCUUGAACUUCGUGGUGAGGUACAAACCCGACGAGCAGCCCCUGCUCGAGCCUCACCAUGACGCCUCCACAUUCACUAUAAACGUUGCUCUCAACAGCAAAGAUGUUGACUAUCAGGCUCAUUUUGACUUGGCCUUUGUAGUUAGAUAUAAGCCCGAUGAGCAGCCCUUUUUGAGGCCACAUCAUGACGCCUCCACAUUCACUAUAAACAUAGCACUCAAUCAGAGGGGGCCUGAUUACGAGGUGAGUGGCAUCGGAGGUUGGUACAAAUCGGACAUUUUGAUAAAUUAUGGAGAAAAUGUCCCAGAACAUCGAACGAAAAAAAAAAUCUGUCAUUAUAUCUAUAAGAUGGAAGGGAAAAAAAAUACUAAAAUAAGAAUAUUCAUUAUGUAUUGAUUGAAUGGGAGCCAUACAAUUAUUUUUUGCCCAGGGUCCCUCAAGAGCACAAAUAAUAAAUAAAUUCGUACUUCACUCUACAGCAGGCUUUCCUUGCCUCAUCUUUUAAAUGAGAAGGCAAGUCAAAUUUUUCUUUACAAUAUGUUCUAUGUGCCCCUACAAGUCUAAAUGCGGCAUUGUGAUUAAUAUUGUUUUUGUGGAAUAUGAAUUAAGCAAAAAUAUCUCCCCCUUUUUUUUAUCCAUGUCAGAGGCUGCCAUUUUGUCUUGUACUGCCUCUUGCAAUAGACUGAACAUGACGACAUCACAGUGUCCAAAGGUUCAGAUAAAUAACAAAUCAUGGCUCGCCUGUUUUCUGGGUUUGGUCAUGUGACAUUGGCAAGGUGAGUUCUUUGGCACUGUGAUGUCAUUUUCAGUCAACAGCAAGUGGCAAAAUGGCUGCCCCCUGAGAUGGAGACAAGAAAGGAUGGGUUUUAGUGCUUGAUUCAUAUUUCACAAAUGCAAUAUUAAGCAGAAUACCAUCUUUAGACGAGUGGGGACACGUAGAACAUCCUAUCUUAAAGAAAAUUAUUGACUUCACUUUGACCCGUUUCAAAAUAAAAGGCAAAACCAAGGGAUUUUGGGUAAUCAGUGUGACAAAAAUCAUCAGAACGCACUCUCAAGAUUGAAUGAAAU